AUGAUCAUGAAUCUUUACAAGACGCUACUUUUUGCUGGCAUUGUUGCCGCCGUUCCAGCGCAGUUCGACGAACGAACCGUGAAGGUAGACUGCAAGGCUGUUGAUCUUGUGGUCAAAGCCUUGAAAAUCGCUCCUGGCGCCUCAAAGUACUGCUCGACAGUGCUUAAGAUAUCGACUGUCACCACAACCUCCACAAUCGCCAUAACAAGCACUGCUGCUGCCACAGCCACCGCUUCCGAGACAGUCACCUCAACAGGAGGUGAGGGUGGAACGGUUACCAUCACUGCUCCUGCAGUGACCGAGACUACCACAACCACUUCCACCUCCACGACCACGACAUUCAGCACGAACUGUCCUGUUGCACCUGUUAAGAGGGACUUCGAUAUUCGCGCAGCCCAAGCAAACAAGUGUGCUGGAUCUCCAAUCGUCGGUUUCGCGUGCAAUUUGAUCUCGUCCGCUUGCAGCUGCCUGAAUCUUCCCACACCUACGAGCACAGUUAAGACCACUGCAUACGCUACCACAACUACUACAGCGACUAUUACCUCUACUGCAACAGUAUUUGUCCCGGCCACCACGAUUACAACUCCCACCACGAUCGUCACUGAAACAGCAACGGCUACCGCUACAGCUUGCGGGAACCCACCUGUCUGGACGUCAGUGACGGUUGCGCCACAGCCUGCGAGGCUGAUAACAGCUGCCCUAAUGGCGGUAUUUGCGCAUUGA